AUGCUGACCGACCGGAACAUUCCCGUUUCUGCCGAUGAGGUCUCACUCUACGGCAGUGACGGAGGGGUGACCAUCAUCACCAACGACACAUCCAAGUUCGUCAUCUACAACUUGAACAAGCCAUCUAAGAACAAAUGCUGUCCCUGCCCCCGGGUGUUCCUGGACUACAGUAGGAUGUCAGGACGGUUGACCGGCUCUCUGCAGCUCAUGUGGAGCAUGGGCAUCAUCACAUUGAGUUGCGUUAUGUUAAUCCUGCACGGCGCCAUAGAAGCAUUCUGCGUGAAUAUGUCAAUUGGUGUUCUGGUAUUUACAUGUGGCACCAUUGGCAUUCUAUCCUUCGACAUGAGCAAAAUCAUAAUUGGUUCAUACAUGAUCCUAUCACUUCUAUCAUUUUGCACGAUGGCCUAUACAAUUACCUUGGGCGCUUAUGUGGCCCAACUGAUCAAUUGGACCAAUUCCUGUCGAGGGAUAGUCUACAUUUAUUACCCAUGCGAUCCCAGUGAGAUCGACGAGUCGCAACUGCUGGCUAUUGGGAUCUGUUUGAUCGUGUUUGCUUGCUUGGAAGCUCUGACGGCAUACAUUGCUUUCAUAUUCUGCUGUGUUGGUGUAUGCUCUACGUGUUGCUCCAUCCACUGCUCUCGCUGCAGAAAACGCUCUACUCGACUCUCUCAGGCCUUGAGCAACGAGAAUAACAUAUGAACAAUGAUGAUGAGCAUUCAAUUUGACUUUAUUGCAAGAUAUAGAGCUUCUACAUAUACGAAUAUGACGAAAGGAUGGCGCGGGGGCUACUGCAUCCCCCUCCUCUCACGAAAUUUUGUCUACAAACAUAUGAUUAUUGCUUAUGUAAAUAAUUCAAGUGAAAUUUACUUAACUUGUAUAAUUAUGUUGACUGUCUAUGUCAUGUAGGUCAAUGGUGGUUUCAGUUAACAUGGACAAAUGCGUGAAUAUUUAUUGUUCAAAUAUAAAUACACGUAAUUGUAAACGUAUAGUAUUCUACAGCAUAUAGCAGCUCCCCUGUAGUGGUCUUUUAUGCGAUUUGAAACCCCUUUUUUUAAAACCAAAAUACUCAUACAGUGGUGUAUCCAGAAAUGGAUAAAUAGGGGUUAUAUUAUAUUUGGACUGCAGACAAGCGUUUCACAUUUUAUCGUUAGGUUGACAUGGGAGCAUGUUACUGAAUUUUAUUUGAAUAUUCCAGUUGUUUCCGGUUAUUGAGAGGACGGUAUGAUGAUGAUAAAAUGUAUACUUUCGGAACAUUUACUACAGAUUAUUUAAUGCCUUAAAAUUGACAUA